AUGCUUGAAGACUUAUUAACUUAUGAUGAAUGGCUUGAGUAUCGGUAUAUAAAUGAAGAAUUUCUUGAGUAUUAUGACUCUGACAUUGAUUAUGAAAUAUUAGAUGAUAAUAAAAGCUAUCUCGAAAAUGUAUCAAUAUCUGAAAUACCAUCCACUCCCAAAACUACAACCGAUGAAAGCAUAACUACAAAUAAUGAGCAUACUAUUAAUGAUAUUGUUUUUAAUGAAGAAGCGUUAAAUCAUGCAAAAAAAUUUGCUGUAUCUAUACUCGAAAAUUUUGAACAAUAUGAAAGAGAUAUUAAUUGGUUGGCAUUAGAUGAUGACUUGCAAUCAGAAUAUGAAUCAAUCAAUACUCAAUGUGUUAUCAUUGAUUAUUUUGAAUAUGAAGGAGGUUUUAGAUGUUGUUUCAAACCUGUAUAUAGGCCAAUUAAACAGUUUAUAGGGAUUUGGGAGUUAGAUUCUAAGGUUUUAGAUGUAGCACUCAAGGCAGGAACAGAAAAUGCAUUAACGAAUCAGGAUCAAGAAUUUCAAGCUAUACUUUUAGAAGAGGUUUGGUCAGCUGUUGUUAAGUUUUUAGAUAAAAAAAUAAGUAUAUCUAAGGACCCAAACAUUGAGCAAAUUACAAAAGUUCAACCACCAACAUAUUUUAGUAUUAGAGCUAUACUUCGUAUUAAAAAAGUUAAUUUAUGUCAAUUAGAAGAAAAAAACAAAAGAGAGCGAUUACAGCUUAUCUACAAACAAGAUAUUGAAAAGUUUAUGCCACACAAUACUUCAGGUCGGCGAAGUCAAAAUGUUGUAUUGAUACUUUUGCCUAACAGCAGAAACAUCAAAAAGAAGAAAUAA